AUGUCCUGUGCGAUGGAAAGAUUUUGCGAUUACCAGAUUUUAAGGAAGCAUGAAAAGAAGGAUCUUCAAGUCAGCUGGUGUUUUGGGAGUGAAGCAAAUCAUUCAAUCAAGAAACGCAAAGAACAUGAAGCUGUAGAAUUUUUGGUAAGAGGCUCGUUGAUCUGGGGUAACAAGGUAGCAAAAGUGCGGGAACAUCGGCCCAUCCACCGCAGCGCUUCCUCCGCCUACAGUACAAGGUUUCACCAGAACGUGGAGAAAUCGGAGAUUUUCCCGUCGUUCUCAUGUUUAUCAGAGUAUUGGUCGACUUGUUCCUUGAAAAUCAAUUUAUCAGUACACGGGUCUAGACAUUCUUUGGCUCACGAUUCGAUAACUUUCACGACGCACUUGGGAAUUGAAAGGCUUAGCAAAAAGGGGAUUCCCGGAAUAGCUAUCUAUGGGUGA